AUGGACGGUUCCGGCGACCCAGAGCGCCAACAAGCCUUGGAGGAUUACAAGAAGAGUCUACUAGAGUCACGAGAAUGGGAAGCGAAACUGAAGAACCUCCGACUGGACAUAAAGGGUCUACAGAAGGAAUUCGAUGUUACGGAGGAUAACAUCAAAGCUCUCCAAAGUGUGGGCCAGAUCAUCGGCGAGGUCUUGAAGCAGCUUGAUGAAGAGAGAUUCAUCGUGAAAGCCUCUUCCGGUCCUAGAUAUGUCGUUGGUUGCCGGUCGAAGGUGGACAAGGCCAAGCUCAAACAGGGAACUCGAGUAGCUCUCGACAUGACGACUCUUACUAUCAUGCGAAUGCUUCCCCGCGAAGUCGAUCCACUCGUUUACAACAUGUCUCUGGAAGACCCCGGGCAAGUCAGUUUCAGCGGUAUCGGCGGUCUAAACGAUCAGAUCCGAGAGUUAAGAGAGGUCAUCGAGCUCCCGCUCAAGAACCCAGAGUUGUUCAUGCGUGUGGGUAUAAAACCACCCAAGGGUGUGCUAUUGUACGGACCCCCGGGAACCGGGAAGACACUGCUUGCGCGAGCCGUUGCCAGCUCGUUAGAUACUAAUUUCUUGAAGGUUGUAUCAUCUGCUAUCGUUGAUAAGUACAUCGGUGAAUCUGCUCGUCUUAUCCGUGAAAUGUUCGGCUAUGCUAAAGAACACGAGCCGUGCAUCAUCUUUAUGGACGAAAUUGACGCUAUUGGUGGCCGAAGAUUUUCUGAAGGAACUUCCGCUGAUCGAGAAAUUCAGCGAACGCUUAUGGAACUUCUCAACCAGCUAGACGGAUUCGACUAUCUGGGAAAGACGAAAAUUAUCAUGGCUACCAAUCGGCCGGAUACUCUCGAUCCAGCUCUUCUACGUGCAGGCCGAUUAGAUAGAAAGAUUGAGAUUCCAUUGCCAAACGAAGUAGGCCGACUGGAGGUUCUCAAGAUCCAUGCCAGCGGUGUGUCGAUGGAAGGGGAGAUUGAUUUCGAGACGAUUGUGAAGAUGAGUGAUGGUUUGAACGGAGCUGAUUUGAGAAAUGUAGUGACCGAAGCUGGUCUAUUUGCUAUCAAGGAUUACAGAGAUGCCAUCAACCAAGACGACUUUAACAAGGCUGUUCGGAAAGUAGCAGAGUCAAAGAAACUCGAAGGAAAGCUGGAGUAUCAAAAACUAUAG